AUGACUAUACAAAGAUCUCGCGGGUCCAUUGGCUUGACCUCCGCGUGCUCUCUGGCGGGGUCAAGCACGCCCGAAGACACCGGCUGUCGCGCUGCCCGAACAAAGGCACAGGGACGCCCACGCCGCCCGCCCACGCCCCUCGGCGCCCUCUCCUCAUUGCCCACAGCUCCUAAUGCCCAAGGUUGCCCCCUCGACAUUAUCUCCUUUAAUGAGCAGACUCCAUUAACGCAAGCACCUCGUCGACAGCACACCAGCCUCCCUCAGCACCCUCAGCCUCCACCAAGACUCCACCCAGCCUCCACCGAGACCUCCACCCCAGCCUCCACCGAGACCUCCACCCCCCCUCCGAUCUCCACCCCAGCCUCCCUUAGCACCUCCAGCAGCCCGCAGCCAAGCACCUGUACCCCAGCCUCCUCCAGUACCUCCAGCCCCAGCCCUCCACCCCAGCCUCCUCCACCUCCACUCCACCCCAGCCUCCUCAGCACCUCCACCAAGACCGCCCCCCCGCCUCCCUCAGCACCUCCACCAGCCACCCGCCUCCCUCACACUCCACCAAGACACCCCCCGCUCCCAGCACCUCCACCAAGACCUGCUCCCUCAGCACCUCCACCAGACCGCACCCCCGCCUCCUCUCAACCUCCACCGACCUCCACCCCCCGCCUCCUCGCAGCCUCCACCCCGCGCUUCGUUCCCAGCCUGUACCCCGGCCGCGUCAUGUGGCCUUGA